AAAUAUACAAAGAAAGAAAAAUAGCAAUUCUGUUUAUUUAUAAAAAUGAAUAAACAGCUGCUACAAAGCUUUAAUCCUGUUCUCUCAUGCUGUCGUUUCAAAGGAUAUAAGCCUCCGGGUGGUAUACGAUAUCCUGGUGGUAUAGUUUAUUAUCCAAGGAAUCCUGAAACUCACAGUGACCCUGAAUAUAAACCUUCAAAGUUGUUCAGAGUAGAAAGAAUUAAGUCUGCCAAACAUUAUCCACACUGGGAUAAGAAAAUUCUGGAAGAACUUAGAAUUUUAAAUGGGUCCAAUAUAGCCAUUGUAAAAAACAUUCCUGAAAAUAAUAUGAGACUAUGGAAAGUGAAACAUUUGAUCAAAGUGACACCUAUAACAUUUCCAUAUGGAGAACCAACUGAGGCAGACAUUAAAUACACAGUGCUGAAGGAAAAUGGACAGUGUGUUGUUACAAAGUCACUAGAACCACAAAGCAAUCAAAUAGAAGCAUUAGAUAAAUUUGAUACAGAUGUUAAAAAAAUGGAUUCCACCACUAUCAAAAGGGACUCUAGAAUGAAAUGGAAUAACCCAUAUACUGGUGGAUUUUAAAUGACAUGCACAAAAUUAGGAUAUUAUAGUAAAUAGAUUAAAUUGUUAUUUG